AUGUCCUUGCUUCUGUUUCAUGGCAUAGCAAAUAAAAAUAAUAAAGUUGAAACUUUUGGGAUGCUGUCUAUUUGUCACUACUCUAGUUGCACGAGACAAGGAAAGGGUAUAGGGAACUGGUUCGAACUUUGCAAUGACAUUCUAGGACUGAUUGUGGAUCAGUUUUCUGCAAUCGAAGACAUUGUUCAUUUUGGUGCGGUUUGCCGGCCAUGGCGAUCAGUUUCAGUCAAGAAGUUGCACUUCUCUACUAUUGUUGAUCCUUGGCUGAUGCUUGCAGAGAAGGAAGACAGUGACAAUCGUGGCUUCUACAGUCUCUCCACCAAAAAGGUUUACCACUUGAACUUGCCAGAAGCUCGCAGCAGGAAGUGUUGGUCCUCAUGCGGUUGGUUGAUUACUUUGGGGCUUGAUUUGGAAAUUCACUUAUUAAACCCCUUUUCUCGGGAUCAAAUUCGGCUUCCACCUCAACCAACACUCCCUGGUCAAUACCCUAGUAUAGUAGGUCCAGAAUUUGUCCGCCGGGUUUUUAUAUGGAAAGUGAUAUUGUCCUCAAGGCCAACUCGUGAUGAUGAUGAUGAAAAAUGCGUGGUUAUGGUGAUAUUUUCUGAAUUCAAAAAAUUAGCCUUCUUGAGAUUGGGAGAUGAAGUUUGGACUCCUUUAGACAGUCAUAGAGGUAUUACUGAUGUCGUCAACUUCAAUGGUCAAUUCUACGCCAUCACUCACCAAGGGAAACUGUUGAUUGUUGAUAUUUCCAGUCCUCAUCCAAAGACGAUUGAGUUUGCUGAACCAGCAGAGCGUAUAAACAUUUAUGCGAAAUUUUAUCUUGUGGAGUCAGUAGGAGAACUCUUUAUGGUUGAACAGGAUGUUUAUGAGGCCUGUGAACCUCCGACAAGCGACAAUCACAUUCAUGAAACAGAUGGUUUUGAUGUUUACAAGUUCAAUUUUGAUAACAAGAAGUGGCCAAGUCGUAUAGUUUAUGGUAGAUGCCAAGACAAAUAA